AUUUCAACAACCCUGUCUCCUUUUUUUCAGCUACUGCUCGCCACUCUCUUCGCUUACGCCUGCGCCGAUAAUAUCGACAAGGACGCACAGGUGCUGAGUUUCAAGAACGAUGUCGCGGAUCCGGAGGGCAACUAUGCCUACGCCUUCGAAACCAGCAAUGGCAUACAACAGCAAGAAGCCGGCAAUCCAGCGGGUGUAGCUGGCCAAUACGAGUAUGUAUCACCCGAAGGUGAACGGGUCUCAAUUAGCUACACAGCCGAUGAGAAUGGUUUCCAACCUACCGGUUCGCAUAUUCCAACACCACCACCAAUUCCAGAAGCUAUUGUGCGCGCCUUAGAAUACAUUGCAGCGCAUCCCUCGGCUGUUUAAGGCAGUCGAACGAAGUUCCGAGAAUGUUGGGAGGCUGAAGACCUAAUAAAAAAUACUAAAGAAAUCUGCGGUCGGCGGUUGAUAAAAAAGGCAACGACGGCUGCAACGAGUGAGAAGUGAUGAUGAUUAUUAGAUUAGAUUAAGCGAGUGAAGAGGCCAUGUUGGAAGCUAAAUUGCAUCAAUGAAUUAUUUUUAAUAAACAAAAAACAAAAGAAAUGUACUUACAUAUGUAUAUAAAUAUUAGUUACCUAGUCAAUGUAGUCUUCUAAAGUGGUGCACAAUGAGAUGCAUUCUUUUAAGCUCAAUCUUGCUAGCGCACUGUACUUAGUAAUUAUAGCUACAUACAUACAUAUGUACAUGAAAACAUGAAUACAUAUGUAUGUAUAUGAAAAAGAGCACAUAAAGGGCCAUACUCUCAUAAAGUUAACAAAUACAUACAUACAUACAUAUAUACAUUUAUAUUCAUUUGUAUUAAUAUAGAUGAGCAAAUAGACAUUGAUGCGGCACUUAAACGUGUUUAAUUUAAGCGAGUUUCACAUACAUACAUUAAACAUACACACACACAUACGCAUGCAUAUUUUUCUAUUGUAUUAUUAAAAGCAUAUACAUACAUAUGUACAUAUUUAGAAUAAAAUUGCAACCAAGUUUUCCUAAAAGAAUAAGGAAAUAUAAAAAAGUUUUUGA